CGCAUAUUGAGUGUCUCACAUGGACUCAAUGCAUGUUGUCUGCCCUCAAGGCGUGUAGAGGCUGUCAUUGCUACGAUACUCUGUUGUCGAUGGCAUGGGUGCGGUGGACUGUUCUAGUGGUCCGUGCACCGGGACUAUUCUGGGCUGCCGGUACCUACACAGGUACCUAGGAGGCCACUUUAUUAACCAACGAGCAGCCCAAGUCCACUCCUUCUGAGUCAGCCUCGAAUGAUAAUUGCGCAUUAGUCUACACAAUUCAUGCGAACAUUCCGCAGGAUCAAAUCUCACAAUCUGCGGCCUCACUUGCACCUGUCGCAGAGCCUUACUAACGCUGCCCGGUGUGUCACCAUGUCUGCAAACACAGCCAAGCAGCCGGCCACGGCCAAGAACGCGAAAGAUAGUCACAAGCCUGCCGUGGAAAAGAAGGAGUUAAAGAUACUCAUGCUGCACGGCUAUGCGCAGACCGGCCCUCUCUUCAGGUCCAAGACGGGCGCAAUGUCGAAGCUGAUGGCCAAGGCGCUGCCGGACGUGAACGCCUCUCGCAUCUACCCAACAGGGCCGCAAAAGCUGCAGCCCUCUGACAUCCCGGGCUUCCAGCCCCGCGACGGCGCCGAGGGCGAGGAGGCCCCCGAGACGUUUGGGUGGUUCUACCACGACGAGGAGGCGGGGCCCUACCGUGGCUUCGACGUGGGCAUGCGCGCCGUCGCCGACGCCAUCGAGGACGCCGGGGGAGUCGACGGCGUCCUCGCUUUCAGCCAGGGGGCCGCCGUCGCCGCGCUUGUUGCCGCCGCGAUGGAGCCCGACCGCGCCUUGCCCGAGGACCCGGCACAGCGGGCGUGGGUGCUUCGGCUGCGCGAGGCCAACGGCGGGCGCCCGCUGAGGUUCUGCAUCCUGUACUCGGGCUUCGUCGCCCGGCCUGGUGCUGGGCUCGGGUGGCUGUAUGAGGGGCGCAUCAAGACGCCUUCGUGCCACUUCUUUGGGAGCCUGGACACUGUGGUGGCGGAGGAGAGGUGCAGGGCACUCGCAGACCACUUUGUUGACCCGGAGGCCUUUGUGCAUCCUGGAGGCCAUCAUGUGCCCGUCAGGAAAGAGUGGGUGGCCCCUCUGACUGGCUUCCUGAAGCACGUCCUCGAGAAGGAAGCGGCAGCAACUGCGACAUCCUGAUGAGGGCUACGUGCAUGUCGAUACCGCUUGGGAGGCCUCGACGCAUGCCUUUCAUGGUCCAAUUCGAUCCAGCGCAUGGCAAGCGGUUUCGGCCCCCCCCCCCGGGUUCGUAAUAUUCGCGAAUUUGUUCCUUUUACUUGUUCAUAGUGUAUGCUGUCACCCAACAGCACAAACGCAAAGGCCGUCCUCAUAUACCGGUAGACGAGGAAUCUUGAAGGAUCAAUAGACUGCCGAUAGAUUUUUGAAGGAUAGACGAAUAGACGGAUCUCUUUUGACAUAA